UAUUCCUAAUCAACUAUACCCAAGAUGAAGAGUUUGAUAAUAUUGUUUGUGUUCCAUAUGUUCCUUCCGGUUAACGCCUUCCGUCCAACCCUUCUUCUAGGCAAACUGAACCUGAUAGAGAGAACCUGCAGACAAACACCCUUCUAUGAUCUUUGCAUGUGGUCCCUAAAACCGAGUCCCGAAAGCCGCGACGCCAACGUCAAUAAACUAGCUCAAAUCGUGGUGGAAUCACUCAAAACUCAAGCAACCGAGACACUCGAUCUUAUCGACGAGCUACUUCAGGACGGUCUUUCACUCAACCCCGUGAUGAAGAAGGCCUUGACAUCCUGCGCCGAGCGCUAUAACGUGAUCAUCAGGGGAGAUGUCCCUGAAAUAAACGAAGCUCUUAAAACGGGUAACUACAAAUCUGCGGAGAAAGGCGCCAAUGAUGCAGCCAUAGAGGCCAACUCAUGUGAAAUCGAGUUCCCGGCCAAAUCGCCGCUAUCUGAUAUGAACAAAGUGGUGCAUGAUGUAUCCGUUGUCGCAGCUUCCAUUGUCAAAAUAAUACAAACCAAGUUUUCCAUAAUGUAAUCAAGAUUUAGAUCUUGAUCUUUGAUCCUCAUCAAUAAAUAAAAUUUUCUAAAUGCAGGUUUAUUAUUAAU